AUGACUGCUCCGAAUCGCCCAACUGGUCAUCUGCCACCUCCGCCGCCUCCACGCAGCGAUUCUGGCGAUGAUUCACAACAAGGUCGUGCCGCGGCGCCUGGUUCUUACUUCCCAUUAGGCUACAAAGAGGCGUUCUCACAAUGGUAUACAAGUCUGGCACCUGCAGUGACUGAACAUCGCGUGCUGUCAUUUCUGCCACAUCUGCAGAGAGCGCCAACACACAUGCAGACCGGCGCGACGAGCGAAGCUGCGCCUGCAGAGGAGGAUAUGAGUGUCGAUAAGUCUCGCGACAAGGAGGCGGCACCUGUACGGACGAGUGCUGCCAGCGAUCCUUACGGACCGCGACAGAUGCAGAGUCGAAUGGUGGAGCUAAGUGGCAAGAACCGAUUCCUCAAUGAAUUCAGCGUGGAAAGGAUAGGUGAGGAGACGAAGAAUAACCUGGUCAUGUUGCAUGGAUAUGGUGCUGGCUUGGGUUUCUUCUACAAAAAUUUCGAAGGCUUGUCGAGGCGACCGAACUGGAAGCUUUACGCAUUGGACAUGCUUGGCAUGGGCCGCAGCAGUAGGCCGCCGUUCCGGAUCUUGUCCAAGAACAAGGAGGAACAGACGCGCGAGGCGGAGAGCUGGUUCGUGGAUGCGCUCGAGGAAUGGCGCGUCAAGCAAGGCAUCGAGAAGUUCACGCUUCUGGGUCACAGUCUGGGAGGUUACCUCGCAGUGUGCUAUGCGUUGAAGUACCCUGGUCAUCUCAAUAAGCUGAUACUCGCAUCUCCCGUUGGAAUUCCGGAGGAUCCUUAUGCCGUGAGCGCCGAUCUCCCUGAUCCGACCGAAAGCACCCUCCAGAACGAACUCAAACCCUCUGCAUCAUCCUCACAACCCGCAACACCACGAAAGCCUUUACCAAAGUGGCUCCGUACUCUAUGGGAUGCAAACAUCUCACCAUUCUCCAUCGUUCGUCUCUCGGGUCCAUUUGGGCCUCGCCUUGUAUCAGGCUGGACCGCUCGUCGCUUCGCUCAUCUCCCAGCCGACGAAGCACAAGCGCUCCACGACUACAGCUACUCGCUCUUCCGGCAGCCCGGCAGCGGCGAGUACGCCCUCGCCUACAUCCUCGCGCCCGGCGCCUUCGCCCGAUCGCCACUCAUCCGCCGCAUCCAGGGCGUCGGGAGACAAUACCUCGAAGCGCACCGACAAGCCACGCCCGACGCACCUCGUCCCGCCACGCCCGACACACAAACAUCCUCCCAGCCCGCCCGGCCCCGCGAGACAGGUCUCCCGGUGGUCCUGAUGUACGGUGAACACGACUGGAUGGACGUCGAAGGCGGGUACGCCAGCGAGGAGAAACUCCAAGAAGCGCAGAAAGCCGCGCUGGUGAACGCCUCGCCCGCCGAACGCGCGCGGGAGAACGGCAGCGUCAAGGUCUCCAUCAUCCGCCGCGCGGGCCAUCACGUCUACCUCGACGGCUGGGAGCAGUUCAACGAUGAGAUCGACCAGGAGAUGCGGGAUGUGGAGAAGCGACAGAGACGGUUGAGGGAGGUCGAGGAGAAAGAGGGUGCGGUGGCAUCGAAGUGA